AAAGCUUUGAUUACAGUUGUGAAGUUCAAACACAGUAACACCCUUGACAGCUUGAGAGGGUUUAGGGUUCCUGAAAGAAGAGCGGUUCAGAAAAAAAUUCCAAAAAUUGCGUAGAUAUCCUCUUCAUAACAGGUAAAUUCCUCCUCUUUCGCUGAAAAUUUCAUCAAAUGUUUAAGUUUAUUAGUAGAAUUUCUGCUAGAGGAGCGUCACCAGCUCACAAUCUCUAUUUAUUUCAAAUCCAACCCUUCUCUUCAUCUCUCGAAGUCAAAUCCAAGCAUAAAUCUUCAAAUCAAUAUUCAUUCGCAGUGAAGUACCUCAUAAACUCAUUUGGGUUCACUCCAGAAAAAGCUCUCUCUGCAUCAAAGCAUGUCAAAUUUGAAACUCGUGAUAAGCCUGACUCAGUCGUGGCACUCUUCAAGAGUCAUGGAUUCACACGAACCCAGAUUUCAACAGUCAUUAAAAAGUUCCCUUCUGUACUUGUAUGCGAUGCCAAGAAAACCCUUUUGCCCAAACUCCAAUUUCUGAAUUCUAAAGGCGUUUCAAGCACAGAUGUUGCCGUGAUAGUAUCUACGUGUCCGCGUGUUUUGAAAUGCAGCUUGAAAAACGUAAUCAUCCCAGCUUUCGAUUUCUUUAGCAAUUUGCUUCAGUCCGAAGAGAAAGCUGUAGCUGCUAUUAAACGGUAUUCUGGGAUAUUUUGGAUUGAUCAUCAAGCACAAGUGACACCCAAUAUUCAUGUUCUUCGGGAAGCCAAUGUGCCGGAGGCCAAUAUUAUGUAUCUGUUGAUGAAACAACCUAGAACAUUCAUGGUGAAGAUCGGUAGGUUUAGAGAGGUUGUGGAGGAGGUAGAGAAAAUGGGAUUUAAUCAUUUGAGAAUGAGUUUUGUGUCAGCAGUUCAUGCGGUAAGGGCACUGUCUAAAUCAACAUGGGAUAAGAAGGUUGAGGCCUAUAAGAAAUGGGGUUUGACCGAUGAUGAGUUUCUUGUAGCUUUUAAAAAGUAUCCAGGGUGUAUGAAGGUAUCGGAGAAUAAGAUUGAUGAGUUGAUGGAUUUUCUUGUGAAUAAAACGGGUUGGGGAUCAUCGUUCUUUGUAAGAAGGCCAGAAGUUGUAUCCUUGAGCUUGGAGAAGAGGAUUGUUCCAAGGAAUGCCGUUUAUCAAGCUCUGUGGUCGAAGGGCUUAAUUACGAGCAAGGAUAUUAGAUUGGAGACAUUGCUACUAGUUUCUGAAACGCGGUUCCUAGAGAAGGUUUUGAGCUUUCAGGAGGAAGCAGCUCCUGAGCUUUUGAAGUUGUACAAGGAAAAGUUGGAUCUUGCGAAGUAAUUAGGAUUUGUGUCCAAGGAUAUGGAGGCUUGUUGAGAAUGUUUCCUUUGAUACCAACAUGACAUACAAUAGCCCUAUGGUUUUGUAUGUCAUGAUUUAACUCUUGAUAAUUAAUUUCUAAAUUUGAAAUACGACAAGCUUGGGUCCUUUCAGCCUGGAAAA